AUGUUGGGCGAAGCCGUUGGGGGCACCGCUUUCGCAGCCGGCGCUGGAGCCGUAGCUCACGAUACCGAUCUGUCUGCCGGUCGCCAGGUCGACGAGAGGCCCGCCGCUCUGCGGCCGUAUCUGCCCAGGGCGCAGAUGCCGAAGGUCUUGCGGCACUCGGCGUUGGAGAUGACGAUCAACAGAAGCAAUGGCUAUCACGUCAUGCCUAGGCAGAUGCCCCUACAGACGGCGGGGCUACGCGUUGUGGUAAUCCCACUUGAAGACACAAAACUGCCGGCCCAAGGAGACGAGACUAGGUCACGUGGGCCUCGCCUAUAUAACAGAGUCGGGAAAACCUCGUGCGUGUGCACAAAACUUGGCGCCACGACGGUGCAUAUGCGAGCCAGGCUCGCGAGGCUCGAGUCACUAGUCCUGGGCGAUGCUGUGUGCGUGCUCCGCGGUGAAGAGUGGUUGAGUGCCACGAUUCACGCCAAUUCUCAAUCGGAUAAGAUCGCUCCUGCGAUCGAGGCAAACCAGCCGUUGCGUGACAUCCGGUCACGGAAGCUAGGCUUUUGGCGAAUGCCACAAUCAAAACCAUCUUCAAUCGGGUUUGGAUCGCUCCCGCGAUCAGGGGAUAGUAGGUCUAUCAGAGCCGACUUGCUUAACCCUGCACCCAAAUUGAGCUCCCGCGGGUUUCUGGAUGGAAAACGCGCGUCGAUCUCGGGCGUGCGCGUGGGCGUGGGCGUGCGCCGUGCGCGUGGGCACGUCCUGCUUGAGGUCGAUGACGGCGACGUCGUUGGCCGGCAGCAGCACCCGCGUCGACACCACCACGCGGCCUUCCUCCUGCGCGUCGCUGAUGGCCUGCGCGCCCAGGUGCACCGUGAACGAGAAGAUCCUGCGGGGCACAGCGCGCUUGCACCUAGAUUGCAAAGGCUGGUCGCGGGUUCGAAAACCGCCUGGUGUGGAUAUGUGUGUGUGUGUUCUCGAAGAGAGGCACGUACUCGGCAAUUCUAUCUGGCGCCUCUACCAAUGACCAGCAUUCGCCCACGGGGAAGAGGCCGACAUCGCAUAAGGCUGAUGCUGGUGAUUGGAACAGGGGCAAGUGCGCAGUGGGCGGCGAUGAGGGAGCCUCCGCAGAAGCCGCUGCCUGCGUACACGGCGGCCUGGUACGGGAACUGGCCGCGCGACGCCUGCACGCCGUUGAUGACGCGCGGCGCCGGGUACCUGGGGGCGCCCUCUGCGACAAACAAUACAAAAAACCUUUAA